AUGAUGCCAGAAUGCGACCCGACAGAGACAUUCGAACGCGCGUUGGACUCAGAGACAACUGCGGUUUCUCCACUGGAGUCAAAUUUCUCCACUGUACAUCGUCCGAGUGUGUUAUUUGAAAAGAACACCGCGAGCUUGGGAUUCCAGGCUAACCCGGGCGUUGCCGUUCGAAUUUCGGACUCGUGUGAAAGCGUCUUGACCGAGCUUGAGGUGGACGGCUCCGGCGAAGACGCGUUGCUGUUGCCUUGCUUUGUUGGAAGCUCGUCCCCGUCGAGAAGUUCCCGAGACAAGAACAGACGGAACAGACACAGCUCAUCGUCGGAUAAAGACACGUUAGCCUCACCGGGUAUCAACAAUGGGGACUUCAACCAUUUCCCCGAUGAUCCUGAGUUUGCAGAUAUUAUUCAAAGGGCAGAACAGGCUAUUGAGGGUGGCGCCUUUCCAGAGAGGAUUUCCCAGGGCUCCAGUGGGAGUUACUUUGUCAAAGACCCAAAAGGGAAAGUCAUCGGUGUUUUCAAACCAAAGUCAGAGGAACCCUACGGUCAUCUAAAUCCCAAAUGGACCAAAUAUUUUCACAAGCUUUGCUGUCCGUGUUGUUUUGGGCGAGGUUGCUUGUUGCCAAAUCAGGGUUACCUCUCAGAAGCUGCUGCUUCGCUAGUGGAUAGCAAACUGGGCCUUGGUGUGGUGCCAAAAACAAAGGUGGUGUAUUUGGCCAGUGAGACCUUUCAUUACAGUGCCAUAGACAGAGCCAAAUCCAGAGGGAAGAAGUACGCUUUAGAGAAAGUACCCAAGGUGGGACGACGCUUUCACAGAGUGGGCUUGCCACCAAAGGUGGGCUCAUUUCAGCUGUUCGUAGAGGGUUAUCGCGAGGCAGACUAUUGGCUGAGGCACUUUGAGGCAGAACCUCUGCCAGAGAACAUCAGAAAGCAGCUACAGUCACAGUUUGAGCGGCUGGUCAUACUGGAUUAUGUAAUCCGAAACACAGAUCGAGGAAACGACAACUGGCUGAUCAAGUAUGAGAAGCCAGGAGAGUGCGACGGACCAAAGGAUACAGAGUGGCCAGAAAACAUUUCCAAGCCUUGCAUCAAGAUUGCAGCCAUUGACAAUGGCCUGGCCUUUCCCUUCAAACACCCUGAUGAAUGGAGAGCUUACCCCUUUCACUGGGCGUGGCUGCCCCAGGCUAAGGUUGCUUUCUCCCAGGAGACCAGAGAGCUGGUGCUGGCCCGUCUCUCGGACAUGAACUUUGUGCAGGACCUUAGUGAGGACCUCUAUGAGAUGUUCAUGAGAGACAAAGGCUUUGACAAGACCAUGUUUGAGAAACAGAUGUCGGUGAUGAGGGGGCAGGUGUUGAAUCUCACCCAAGCUCUUAAGGAUGGCAAGAGCCCGCUACAACUAGUGCAGAUGCCCCGUGUGGUGGUGGAGCGCAGCCGGUCAGGUGGCCAGGGCCGCGUUGUCACUCUGGGCAAUGCCUUCACCCAGACCUUCCACUGCAAGCGACCCUUUUUCUCCUCUUGGUAG